AUGGAUAGCCAACAGCAUUAUCUUCUUCUUGGAGCUACAGGCUAUUCGGGCAUCGAAUUCAUCCACCAAGCACUCGAGACCGUUCAAAGGCCUAAUGUGACUCUUUUUGUACGCCCAGGUUCAGAGCCCAAACUACCUCCGGCAGCACUGACCAACACCAACUUCCGCCUUGUUCUCGGAAGCCUGACCGAUGCCCAAGCAAUAAAGCUGGCCCUCGCCGGUGACGAGAGAUUUCCACCUGUCAGUAUCGUCGUCUCCCUAUUGGGUGCCUAUCCUUCCUUCAUACCACUGUUUACUCGCGACACUUCAACCCCAAUAGCCGAUGCACUUCGGUCGACUGUCUUACCCGUGAUGAAAUCAAGCCACGUCUCACGGAUCAUUGCAUUAAGCACACCUACCGGAUGCUACUCCGCCGAAGAAGCCAGGACAGUGCCGUGGAAGUGGUGGCUUUAUAUGCAGAUACCACGUCUGCUCCAGCCACAGGGCAACGCGGAAAUGAAACACAUUGCGGAUGUUGUGAUCGAGGCAGGAACCAAAGACAGGGAUCUGGAAUGGACCGUGUUUCGUGUCCCCCAUUUGACCAGUGGGUCACGAGAUGUUGGUGUCAUUGCCGGCCAUCUCGAUCGGAACUAUACCGCCAGCUUGAAUCUGAGCCGGGCAAGUCUGGUGAAGUGGGUGUUCAACGAGGUCAAAGAGAAAGCUUGGAUACGGGACACGCCUAUGCUUGCCAAUCCAUGA